CAGACUGCCUGGCACUGUGGGAGCUGCCCUAGCUUCUCCUCCUGCAGCAGGGCUGUGCUUGUAGCCGUACCGAGAACGUGGACGGACUCUUGGUGGAGAAGUGAUGCUGUGGCAGCAAUAAUGAACCAGCAAGAGAGAGUCAGUCCUGGGACUGCAGCCCCAGCAGAAGGGAGCAGCUGUUCCCGCCUGAGCCCCUGGGUCUUGCUCGUUUCUGCCCUUGCCGUCAAAACUGCCCUUAUGACCGUCGGCCUCGUUGUUCUCUUUCACAUGAGCUGUGGCCAGUGCAAGACUCUGCCCCAGAAUGCUUCGGAGUGGCACUGCAUCCCCAAUGGAUCUGUAAGUGAAAAGGACAGCUGGAAGUGCUGUCCAGAGGGCUGGAGACCCUUUCAGGAAAGCUGCUAUUACUUCUCGGGUGAUCAGAUGCCCUGGAAUGAGAGCCAGCAGAACUGCAGUGGGAUGGGCUCCCAUCUGGUGGUGAUCAAUACAGAAGCAGAGCAGGAUUUCCUCUAUAAGGAAAUAAGAAGACAGAUGAAAUACCAAGAAGAAGGAAUCAAUUUAUACAUCGGUCUGAGGGCACAAGAGGCGGGCCAGUGGCGCUGGGCAGACCAGACUCCCUAUAAUGAAACAGCAGCGUUCUGGAGGCGUGGGGAGCCAAGUGAUCAACCAAGUGAUGAGUUCUGUGUUGUAAUCCAUUACCAGAAAGAUGUUUUCCGGAACUGGAAUAAUGUCCCAUGCACAAUCGACUCUUAUUGGAUUUGUGAGACUGCAGCAGAAACUCUAUGAUGGAGGAAUCCUCAUCCUGAGAUUAGCAGCGAACUGGGAACAGCAGAGGGCUGUGUUGGGAGGGGUAGGAGAGCCUUGGAGCCUUUAUCUUCCCUCUGCUGGGUGGGAUGGUGAGACUGGGAGUGAUGUUGCUCUGCACCCAGCAUCCCCUAUGCAUGUGUAUUUCUCAAAGUACCCCUGAAGUGGAAACAAUAAAUGCUAGAAGAACUCUGCCUGUGCUUUCUCAGGCUGACCAUCCCAUCCCAUAGUCAUUGAUGACAGAUUUGGCAAUGGAAGCUCCAGGCAAGCAUGGCAGGUGAAGUUAUGUCUCUAUGGGAAAUGGGUUAAUGCCUUUCUUUCCAAGCCAUUGCCUCCAUGGGACUGACACAGGAGGGUUCAGGGUCAUCAAAGCAGUUCCUGGGCUCUUCUGUCAGUCAUCCUCUUCUCUCUGUGUGGGUCUGGCAGCUGCUGGCUGGAAAGAGCUGGAGCUCUCUUAAGGAGGAAGAUGCAGGAAUGCAAGAAGGAUGCUCAGAGCUGCUGUUCCCUUUCUCUCCUUGAGAAGAGGUGUCUGCUUCUUGCUGGGUCAUAGAGAGUCCUGUUCAGCAUUGGUUUUGCUGAACAAAUACUGAUUUCCUGUGAAGCAGAAAAUACAAUAUUACACCGAUAAAAAAGGCUCUGGGCUCACUCCCCCUCUCUCUCUUUCCCUUUCCCUCUCUAAGCUGAGGUAUU